AUGGCCAAACCAGUGAAGAAGCCAGCUGCCCAAACCAAGUGCAAAGAAAAGGUGAUGAAGAAACCUGAAGCCAGACCAGGAAUUUUGAAGAAACCUGGCAAGGCAGAAGACACCAAGGAAGAAGAGAAAGACAAUGUGUACAUGGAGGAGGGAGAGGAGGAGGAGGAGGUGAAGACUGAUGAUGGCACACUCAUGAGUGGGAGGCUCAGCCUGGGAAACCUGAAAACCCACCAGCAGUUUUUGGAUGCAAAGCUGUGCUCGGCCAAUGAGGUCGAGAAGGCUUUGGCCAAGCUACCACACAAAGAGCAGCAGCAGCUGGUGUGGAAGAAGUUUGAGAAGAGCAGGCUGCUGGAAGGGCAGGAUGGUAGCUACAAGGAGCUCACCAAAGGCCUGGGGUCCCAGGACAAGAAGCACAAGCUGCUCAGUAACUUCAUCUUGGAUGGAGGAACCCUGGCCAAGAACUACAAGGCUGCUGCGUUGAGCAUGGAGAAGAGGGAAGAGAAAGGUGGUGAAAUAAAGUUCAACACUUGGAAGGAGCAAGCCACCAAAGAUGACUGGCUGUCGGUGGAGAACCUUAGCCUGGAUGAUGUGGAGGAUGAGAGCUUUGGCUUACUGGGUGACAGUUUGGAUGACAUGGAAGUGGAGCCAGAGCUGAAGGCCUUCUUGAAGAAGGAGAUGUCGGUCAAGGAUGAGAAGCCACGAGCUGCAGAUGAAGAGGAGGAGGAAGAGAAAGAAAAGAAGAAGAAGAAGAAGAAGAAGUGGGAGGAAAUGAGCACAGUGAGUGCCAAAGAGAACAAGGACUCCCUGCCGAAGAAGCUCCUCUCCUUCAAAGCUGAACUGAGCAAGGAGGAGGCAGCCUUGCAUGAAACAAGGCUGGACAUGAAGGAGAAAGGCAAGAAGGAAGAUAUGAAGACCUGGUGGACCUAG